AUGGACGCUGCCAAAUUGAACGAUAAAUUUGAAUUUCUGCUUAAUUUAAUUCCAACGCAGUUCUACUUUAGUCAGGAAGCUGCUACUGUGAAUAAGAAGUAUUUCAAGCAAUCCUCCAACAAGAACAAGCUACAGGCCAAGUUGGCUAGGGUGGAAGAGGCUGCACCCAGAGCACAGGAUAUCGAUGACAGUGCCAGCUUGCAAGACCUGGCUACUGAUUCCACGACCCAGUCACCACUCCCACUCCCACUGCCAUCACAAUCCACUCACUCCCAGCUCAAAUCGAAACUCACCAACAAACUCACUCAAUUCGAGCAUAAAAGGAAUGUCGACCACUCGCUCUCCUCCAAGGAGUCGUUGCUUGAAAACAGGAGACAGCGCAACUUGAAAAAGGACAAGAAGGAGAAGAAGUCUGAUGUGAAACAGUUGAAGCAGGCGCAGCAAACGCAACAGCCGCAAAAGGGCGAUGAAGAAGACGACAAGAGCUCAUCCUCGUUGCAAUUCUCCUCUUUGCAGAAUAUCAACAAGUCUCCUAAACAGCCUAAGCAGCCGUCAAACCCCAAGCAGGCAUUGCAGAAACUCGAGGCGGCCAAGCAGAAGAACACGGAGCUUGACGCUGAUACUAAAGCAGCCAAAGAGGAUGACUCGCUUUGGAAAUCAGCCUCGGCGAAAGCCCAAGGAGUUAAACUUAACGACGACGAGGCAAAGCUGAAGAAACAAAUCAAGAGAAACACUAAGCAGAAAGCUAAGUCAGCUACUAAUUGGAACGACCGCAAGAAGAAUCUCGAGAAGAGUAUGGCUACCGCGCACAAGAAGAGGUCUGAUAACAUCGCAAAUCGCAAAUCUGCUGGCAAGUCUGGUAAAGGGGGCAAGUCUGGUGACAAGAAAGGCGGUGCUAAGAGAGCUGGGUUCGAAGGCAAGAUUAGCAACAAGAAGAAAACGGGUGGUGGUGCUUCCAAGAGCAAGUGA